AUGGACAUCUCAGAAGAAAAGAAGCAGCAUGCCGACCAGGCAAGGACUGGUCGAUUUAGCUUCUUUUCCUCCAAGACACUGCAAGUCACAUCGUCUUCUGCCUGGGAUGGUUUGUUUCCUGGUGGCAAUAUCGACCACAUCUUCCAGGAGAAGCAAAAAGGUCGCCCAGAUCCCAACCAGCCAAUCUGGUGGAUUGAUAUCCGUGAUGCCACCGAGGAAGACGUCAACGCUGUCUCACAGGCCUUGUCCAUUCAUCCCCUGACGGCAGAGGACAUCGCUAUCCGUGAGCCUCGAGAGAAAGUCGAUGUUUUCAAAAACUAUUACUUGAUCUCGUUUCAGACUAUAGUCAACAGCGAUACCAAAGAGGAGCGACCGGGCAUUCCCAUCUCGGCUGCACUAUAUAUUCUUGUCUUCCAGUACGGCGUGGUCACAUUUUCACCCAGUGGUUGUGGCCAUGUGAACCGGGCAAGAGAGCGGAUUCGCAAGAUGCACUCUCCCUCCAUCUUGACUAGUGACUGGGUUUGCUACGCAAUGAUAGACGAUAUCAUCGACAGCUUCGAACCAUUUGCCCGGGAUGCAGAGCGCGAGUCCGAAGCAUUCGAAGACCAAGUGUUCAUUACGCGUAUCGACGACGCUCAGGUUCUUAUUCCACAGGUCGACGUCCUCCGCAAGAGAAUUACCCACAUCAUCGGUUGCCUCCAUGGCAAGGUCGAUGUCUUGAACGGAUUUGUGAAACGCUGCCAGUAUCCUGAUAAGUAUCCUGUCUUUCCCGAUGGCGAUUUACUUCUGUAUCUCGGCGACGUUCAGGAUCAUCUGGUUACGACGUUGUCAACUCUAGGGCACAUUGAUGAGAUCAUUGGUCGGUCCCAGGCGAACUGUUUGGCCCAGUUAAGCGCUACCAAUCUCCGAUUGAGUUUGACUAUCAGCUCUGGUCUGAGCAAGGUCACUCUUCUUGCUACUAUCUUUGUGCCAUGCCAUUUGGUUACAGUCCUGUGGGGAAUGAAUGUCCCUGUUCCGGGGGAGGAUACCCAAGGGUUGGCGUGGUUUUUUGGAAUUCUGGGCUGUUUUGUGGCAUUUAUGGUCAUUUGCAUCUUUGCCGCUACGAAGUAUAAAUUACUGUAG